ACUCCCAACUUCAGGAAGUUGGAACUUUCUUUAUACGAGUCGAGUUUUAACUGACGUUUCAGCGAUAAAUUAACUCGUUUUAGACAAAAAAACGAGCAGCAGGGGGAUUUAUUAUUGUUUAUUUCUUUGUAUGAUAUAAGGAAGUAGCUUUGUGGAUCAACUUUGUUCGAGUCGGAGAAGCAGCAGGACUUAAAACUGACUGAAGAUGUUAGCAUCGAGUCUGUUAGCUAACUACUGUACAGAGCUACAUGAUGACCAGGCUCUUAAGGUGGACAAAUACCUGCACCACUUCCAGCUGUCAGAUAAGACUUUGAUGGAUCUGUCAGUGAGGUUUCGGAGAGAGAUGGACCGAGGUCUGAGCCGAGACACCAACCCCACCGCUGCCGUCAAGAUGCUGCCCACGUUCGUGCGCUCCACUCCUGAUGGAACAGAGCAAGGGGAAUUCCUGGCUCUUGAUCUCGGAGGAUCGAACUUCCGGGUGCUCCUGGUCAAAGUUAUGGCUAACGGCAAGCAAGAGGUGGAGAUGGAAAAUCAGAUUUAUGAGAUUCCUGAACACAUCAUGAGAGGCUGCGGCUCUGAGCUGUUCGACCACAUCGCUGAUUGUCUAGCUAACUUCCUGGAGAAGUUGGGCAUAAAGGAUAAGAAGCUGCCUCUGGGCUUCACCUUCUCGUUUCCCUGUCAGCAGACCAAGUUGGAUGAGAGUGUUCUGGUUUAUUGGACCAAAAGCUUCAGAGCAUACGGAGUAGAGGGAAAGGAUGUGGUCAGCCUUCUGAAGAAAUCCAUCCAAAAACGAGGCGACUUUGACGUUGACAUUCUGGCUGUGAUCAAUGACACAGUGGGCACCAUGAUGACCUGCGGCUACGACGACCAUCACUGUGAAAUUGGCCUCAUUGUGGGAACUGGCACCAACGCCUGCUACAUGGAGCAGAUGAGGAACCUGGAGCUGCUGGAUGGGGACGAGGGCCGGAUGUGUGUGAACACAGAGUGGGGCGCUUUCGGAGACGAUGGCGCUCUGGAGGACCUGCGCACACACGUGGAUCGGGAGAUAGAUGCAGGAUCUCUGAACCCUGGCAAGCAGCUGUUUGAGAAGAUGAUCAGCGGCCUGUACCUGGGGGGAAGUGGUGCGGUCUCAUCCUGGUGAGGAUGACCAAAGAAAAGCUGCUGUUCCAGGGCAAGACUUCAGACAAAGCUCCUCAAAAACAGGGAGCUUCAGCACCAGCUUCAAUCUACGGCAAUCGACACUGACAAGUACGUGUGGUGUG